ACCGCAGCUCGACCGCUCCUAGCCCGUCAACUCCCCCCUCACGCCAGCUCCGCCCAAAGAAACAUCACAAAAGGAUUGUCUCAGCCUUUUUCACCUUUUUCAUCGACAAAGCAAGGUAAGAAGAGGAAUAAGAAAUUAUACUCUCAGCAACAUGCUUAUUGAUUCCUUUUGAUUUUAUCUAGUAAUUUCAUGAAUUUUUAUAACAUCUAGCCACUUUGGUAAAUUCUUCCCCAAAAUUAAUUGGCAUUCUGUUGAAAGACUCUUUAUGCUUGAUGGCUGGUUUAGUGUAUACAGGCAGUGAGAGCCAGCUAGUUAAAAUUGUGUGUGCAAUUCUAGUUAAAGGACACUGGGACGAUAUUUUGAGACCCAAAAUUGGUUCUUUUGUUACUUCUAGUGUUAUUAAUCAAGCACUGUUGAAGUUUUCCCUUCAUGGGUUUUCAAUUUCUUGGUCGUUUUUUAAGUGGGUUGAGUCGAUUCCGCAUUACAAGCAUUCUUUGCAGUGUUCUUGGACAAUGAUUUGUGUUUUAACGAAGCAUAGGCAUUUCAAGUCUGCUCAAAACUUGCUGGAAAAGAUUUCGCUUAAGGAUUUUUUAUGGUCCCCCACUGUUUUGAAUGCUGUUGUGAGUUGUUAUGAUGAUCCGGAUGUGAAUUCGCAUGUUCUUAGUUGGUUGGUUAUACUUUAUGCUAAUUUUAAGAUGACCCCUGAGGCAAUUCAAGUGUUUGAGCACAUGAGGGUUUGUGGGUAUAAGCCCCAUUUGCAUGCUUGUACCGUGCUUCUGAAUUUACUGGUUAAAGAAAGGUUUACUGAUAAAGUGUGGAAAAUUUAUAAGAAAAUGAUAAAAGUUGGGGUUCUUCCGAAUAUACAUGUAUAUAAUGUGUUGAUUCAUGCCUGUUGUAAGUCGGGUGAUGUGGAGAAGGCAGAGGAUUUUUUAAGUGAAAUGGAGUUUAAAGGUAUAUUUCCUGAUCUUUUCACUUAUAAUACACUUAUUUCAUUAUAUUGCAAGAAGGGUAUGCAUUAUGAGGCUUUAUGCGUGCAAGAGAGGAUGGAAAGAGGAGGAGUUUGUCCCGAUAUUGUAACUUAUAAUUCACUUAUUUAUAGUUAUUGUAAAGAAGGUAGAAUGAGAGAGGCUUUAAGGCUUUUUAAGGAAAUAAAAGGCGCUACUCCAAACGAAGUGACGUAUACUACUUUGAUUGAUGGUUAUUGCAGAGUGAAUGAUCUUGACGAAGCUUUGCGUUUGCGGGAUGUAAUGGAGGUAAAGGGGUUGUACCCGGGGGUGGUUACCUACAAUGCAAUUCUAAGGAAGUUAUGUCAAGAAGGCCGGAUAAAGGAUGCAAAUCAACUAUUACACGAAAUGAAUGAGAAGAAAAUUGAACCUGAUAAUGUUACAUGUAAUACGUUAAUUAAUGCUUAUUGCAAAAUUGGAGAUAUGAGUUCUAGUUUGAAAGUUAAAAGUAAGAUGUUGGAGGCUGGAUUGCGACUGGAUCAAUUCACUUACAAGGCAUUAAUUCAUGGGUUCUGCAAGGCAAGAGAGAUAAACAGUGCUAAAGAUAUGUUAUUUAAUAUGCUUGACGCGGGAUUCUCUCCAAGUUAUUGCAUAUAUGCUUGGUUUGUGGAGCUAUACUGCAAACAAAAUGAUGAUGAAGCACUCUUAAAAUUACCGGAGGAGUUUGUUCAAAGGGGUCUCUGUGUUGACAUCUCUGUGUAUCGGGCUAUAAUACGAGUUUUGUGCAAGAGAGAAAAAACUGAUUGUGCUCAAAAAGUAUUUAGCAUUAUGCAGUCUAGGGGAAUAUUAGGAGAUACUGUUAUCUAUGCCAGUUUGGCAUAUGCAUACUUGAGAGCUGGUGAUGCUGUAGCUUAUUCAGCUUUGUUAGAUGAGAUGUAUAAUAGGAGACUGAUGAUAACUCUCAAAAUCUAUAGAAGUAUGAAUGCUUCGUAUGCUAAUGAUGCCAUCAAUUUAGGCAUGUUUUGGGAUCACAUUGUUCAGAGAAGCUUGAUUUCCAAAACCAUUUAUCAUCAAAUCCGAAUUGAAGCCGUAAAUCUUAAGCAAGAGUUGUUAAAAUGAAAAGCUUUAGUCUCAAGUUCAACCUGUUUUUGAGGUGGUAUAGAGCCUCAAGCAAUCUAUUACUCCUGCUGUUCUUGUGCAUCUGGUGUCCCUGGUACUAAAUUGGGUCGUUCAUCGACAAAAAUGAUUGAUGUUGCCCAAGUCAAAUGCUUUCAUUGGUAUUGUCUCAUUUCAAUUACUGAUACCCUUUAUACAAUCGGGUGCGGUUUAACAGAUUGCAACUAAAAGGUUUGGCAGUCUCUUAUACGAGUUAAGGAGGAAGGUUAUGUGCAUGGCACGCUAUCGGGUGUCAAUUUGUUUUUUGAGUUGUACACAGAACCAUUUUACAUCUAGUGUUUGAUUAGUGGAGUGCAGGAAGCCCAGAAAUCAACCAUCUCUCUCUGUAUAACAUGCCCCCCCUGCAUAUCUGCCGACAGGCAAGUCCUCUGAAACAAAUGCCGUCUAACCUUGUAUUUGAAAUGAUCACACACCAAUGAACUUUGAAAUUUUGCAAAGCUGCCAAUGAGAAAGGAGCAAUGCUUCAUUGGCAAGGACUCACUAUCUUCUGUUUGCUUUCUCUUUCCAUGAUCAUAGCUUGUGUAAAAGAGAUCUGCUGUGUUAGGCUGACAGCAAAUGUAAAAAUGACAAAUCUUAGACAUGAAUCCUAAACGAAAAGGGAUUCUUGGAGCUGACCCCAAAUUGCUUGGGAACAUGGCUUCGUUUGUGGUUACAAGUUUGAAUUCAUGUCUUUGUUUUUUGUUCUCGUGAUAUAAAAGCGCUGCUAAAGUUCAGGGUAGUUACGUGAUGUGGAAUUUUUCACAGGUGAAGAAAUUUGAUAUUCUUGUAGAUAAAGAUUUAAAAGGGAAAAUGGUGGCAUUGAGCUGGAGGAAAUGGGUCGAGUAGCUCUUUUGUUCAGCCAAAGCUAAUAUCUUCAUGGCCAGAUACAAAAACUCUGAAAUGGAAUGUUCGGUAUGCUGCUGGAAGAAUGGACCGAAUUAAACAUGAUUAAAGAAAAAGAGAAGCUAUAAUCUUGUCUUCUUUACUGUGUAUCGUUCUCUCGGUGUACCUUGCACUCGAGUCAUAUUGACAUACUGUGUCCCCUUUCAAUAUGUGGGAGUUUAACAUUGUCAAUGGUUUAAAGAAUUUGAGGAAGAGUUGAAUGCAAAAAUAUCCAUUGUAUGCUAUGUUAAUUUUGUUUUUUUACA